CCACCAUCAAAGCUGACGUCGCACUCCCUCUGCAGCUACGUAUGCUUGUACAUCACGUUAAAUUGUUCACCUUGCACCUUUCAUCUUUCACCUUUCGCACCUCUAUUUUGUCUCCGUGUCAUGUUUCCUUAACAGCGCAGCCUUGUAGACCCUUGAACCACGCGCGUCAUCGCCCAAUGCAACAUUCCAUUCCCCGGCCUACAGCGCACGCGACCGCAUACCCAGUUGUCGGACCUUAACACCCAGAGCCAAUUGGAAGUUACGAUAGAAGAGAGGGAGGAUGCCAUCCGUAGCACAAUGGGUCGGCACGCCGUCGGUCAAGGGCUCCAGUGAGAGCAUGCGCAUGGCGCUGCUCACAGCAUCGCUCAUCGGUCUGCAGAUAACAUGGAACGUCGAAAUGACGUACUGCACCCCCUACCUCCUUGAGCUCGGCCUCACCAAAUCCCGUAUCUCCCUCGUUUGGGUCGCCGGUCCCCUCUCAGGCCUAAUAAUGCAACCCAUCGUCGGCGUGAUAGCAGACCGCUCGACCUCGCGCUACGGCCGACGGCGUCCAUUUAUGGUCGGCUGCACAAUCCUCACAUCCCUGUUUCUGCUACUGCUCGGCUGGACAAAAGAAGUGGUCAGCUGGUUUGCGAGCGAUAAGGAGACGGUCAAGAAUGCGACGAUAGUACUCGCCGUGUUCAGUAUCUAUGGAAUUGAUUUCGCGAUCAACGCGGUGCAGGGCAGUUGUAGGGGGCUCAUUAUUGACACGUUGCCGAUUCCGAAACAGCAGGCGGGGAGCAGUUGGGCGAGUCGAAUGGUCGCUGUGGGGAGUUUGAUUGGGUAUGGUGCUGGCGCCUUGAAGCUGGAGGCUGUCUUUGGAACGUUGUUGGGCGAUACGCAGUUCAAGCAACUCACAGUUGUGGCUGCAUUCUGCUUGUGUUUGACCGUGGGGCUCACGAGCUGGGCUGUUACGGAGAGGGUUCUGAUCGGACAUGAUAGCGAGGAGAAACUGGGCGCCAUAAAGGUCCUGACUGACCUCGGCAAAUCAACGCUCGGUCUGCCUGCAAGCAUCAAAGCCAUCUGCCAUGUGCAGUUUUGGGCAUGGAUAGGCUGGUUUCCCUUCCUCUUCUACAGUACAACAUGGGUCGGCGAAGUCUACCUCCGCUACGACGCACCCGCCUCCGCCAAAACUUCCAACGACAUGACCGGGCAAGUCGGCCGCGUUGGUUCGCUGGCGCUCAUUGGCUUCUCAAUCAUCACAUUUAUCAUGUCCGUCCUGUUACCCUUCGUCGUAAAGAGCCCAGAGGGCGAAGAGCCACCCUUCACAGCGCGACCACCUGCGAAAAUCGCAACUUUUGUUCAAAGAGCCGGACAAUUAAAACCUUCGCUCCUCACUGCAUGGACGAUCAGUCAUGCCGUGUUCGCAGGUGCUAUGUGUCUGGCUCCCUUUGUGCAGUCUUUGUGUAGCGCUACCCUCAUCAUAGGCGUGUGCGGCAUCUCCUGGGCGAUAAGCUGCUGGGCGCCCUUCGCCUUCCUCGGCGUAGAAAUAAACCGCCUUUCUUCAACGCCCUCGUACAUCCCUCUCGGUCGCAACUCAAUCGAACUCGAUGCCCCGUCUACCCUUCACCUCGAUCAACCGGAUUUUGAGCAGCAGUCUACGGGCGAGGGGAGCGGUAAGUAUCUCGGCAUAAUGAACGUCUAUACCACGCUACCACAAUUCGUCGGAACUGGUAUCUCUUUCGUCGUGUUUUCGUUGCUCGAACCUGGCAAGAGUCCCGAACUCAGUGAUGCGCCUGAGGAAGAACAUCAUAGCACUGAGGGCGUGAAUGCUAUUAGUGUGUGUCUGUUUAUUGGGGCGGUUUGUGCGGUUGUUGCUGCGUUCACCACUGUAAGAUUAGGGAAGAUUGCAAAAUAUUGAGUAGAUCUCAAAGUAUAGAUUUAAUUCCUGCGUAUCCAAGCUUGCAACGAUUCUUUGAUCGUGGAUUAGGCAGCAACGACCCGAGCAAGGUGGAUUUGGAC